AUGCCCCACGACACGAGGAUCACUUGUACUUGGGGACACAUGCUCACUGUUCCCUCUCUUAUCUUCCUUCCUUCAAAUUCAAGCAAUGCUUUCACACCUUGAAGAACAAAACUCUAUGUUCCCUUCAUUCAAUCUCCAUGAUCUCUGCUUCCUAAUCCACAACCAUGGCCUCCCGCUUCUACCUCACCUUCACCCCAACCAUCCACCGAUUCCCACAACCACCCAACCGCUUCUUCUUGCUAACUGACUCCAAUCGUAACACCUUCAAACACAAGCAAAUUAUUAGGGUUUCCGAUGGCGGUGGAGACUCGUCGUAUCUCGGGAUGUGGAAGAAGGCAAUGGAUAGGGAGAGGAAGGAGAUCGAGUUUAAUAAGAUUGUGGAGAAUGUGAAUGUUGCUGGAGAAGAAGAGGAGGAUUUGGAGGCCAAGAGUAGUGAGUUUUUGAAGAUUUUGGAAGUUCCGACGGAGGAGAGGGAUAGAGUCCAAAGGAUUCAGGUCAUUGAUCGGGCGGCUGCUGCUAUUGCUGUUGCUAGUACGCUUUUGAAUGACGAGAAGAAGACGGUUGAGAAUGAAUCAUUUGUGCUGGGAGAUCUGGAUCAUGAUGAUGAUGGUUUCACUGGUGGGGAUUCACAACAAGGAUCUGCCAGUAUUGGAACACCAGGUCCGGAUUUCUGGUCAUGGAUACCACCUUCUGAUUCAAAUGUAAAUGAUGGAGGUGAGUCAGCAGCAUCAAGUAGAAAAGCGUCACCAUAUCCUAGUCAACCAAACCCUGUGAUAGAGUUAGAACCUUCCGUAACUCAUCUGUCUCUGCCUUUUGAAAGCAAAAGCCACAAUCCUUCUCUUCCACCUUUCCAGUCACUAAUGGAGGUUGAAAAACAGGAUGUGUCUAGCUCCAGUCCUGAACUGAGUGCAGAACGUGAAGUUGAUAAAUUGUUCUCAACGAACGCAGAAGACGCAGCUCAUGCUCUUGCUGAAGUUGAUCCAGUGUCAUCUCAUGGGACGAGUCCAGAAGGGUCAAUGUGGUGGAAAGAAACGGGGACGGAAGUUAGAGCGGAUGGAGUGGUUUGCAGGUGGACGUUGACUAGGGGUGUUAGUGCUGAUAAAUCUGUCGAAUGGGAAGAUAAAUACUGGGAAGCUGCUGAUGAAUUUGGUUAUAAGGAACUCGGGUCUGAAAAAUCAGGCCGUGAUGCUUAUGGGAAUGUUUGGCGUGAAUUCUGGAAAGAAUCAAUGUCAGAGAUUGAAGGGUGUCUGCAUAUUGAAAAGACUGCAGAUAAAUGGGGGAAGAAUGGGAAGGGUGAUGAGUGGCAGGAAAAAUGGUUUGAACAUUAUGGUGCUGGUCAAGCUGAGAAGUGGGCUCACAAGUGGUGCAGCAUUGACCCGAGCACACAGCUAGAGGCUGGUCAUGCUCAUGUUUGGCAUGAAAGGUGGGGUGAGAAGUAUGAUGGACAAGGUGGCAGCGUGAAGUACACUGACAAAUGGGCAGAACGUUGCGAGGGUGAUAGGUGGACAAAAUGGGGCGAUAAAUGGGAUGAGCACUUUGACCCGAACGGGCAUGGUGUGAAACAAGGAGAAACAUGGUGGGAAGGCGCGUAUGGAGAACGGUGGAAUAAGACGUGGGGCGAAGGUCACAACGGCUCAGGUUGGGUCCACAAAUAUGGAAAAAGCAGCUGCGGUCAACACUGGGACACCCAUGUCCAGCAAGACACCUGGUAUGAGAGAUUUCCUCAUUAUGGUUUCUACCAUUGUUAUGAAAACUCGGUCCCCUUGCGUCAGGUCAAGAAACCUUCUGAGAGGUAACGUGUUUGUAGAUCAUCAUAUACCGCUGAAGCUGUCUUUAAUUUUAACUCCCAUCAAAUAUGUAAUGUAAUCUCGGGGUUUAUUAUUACCGAAGAUAAUACGUGAUUGUGGCCAUAUCAUCAUAAGUGUUGGAAAUAUUAUUUAUGUAGUUUGUAUGAUGACAUGUCAAAAUUCAUAACGAUUUUUUAAUCAUCAAAGUUGGUUCGUGUUU